AGUGUACUCCGAAUCUAGAAUCAUUGUUCCUAAGACGGUUCUUUAAACGCGUACUAUUCUUUCUUUUCUAUCUACCCCCAAGAAACUUCCUUUGUUUUCUUAACACCCUUUACUCUCAUUCACCAAAAAGUCUUUCCUUUUGGUUCCUUUCUUACAAAUUUACUAAUAACUUAACAUUGUUGCGUUCAACGUUUCGCGGUCAACAACACCAAACCAAAGGCUGCUUAGCUCGGAUCCUCUUAAACGCAAAUACCCUUUUUUUGAAUCUUUCUUUGGACCCCAACUUUGUAUUUUGCAUUUGUAGGGUUGUUUGUUUUCUUGGGGUACUUUUUUAUUUUGAUGGGUCAACAUACUACCUUUACUUUCUGUUCUUUAGUUCGUUGCUGGUUUUUUUGUUGAUAUUUCUGGUGGGUUUUUGGCUGUACCUGAUUUAGUGAAAGUUUGAAAUUUUGGAGAGGAAAAUAUUUCUGGGAUUUGGUUUGUUGAUUGUGUUUCAUCCUAAAAAUCUGAUCUUUCAUCGGAAAUCUUUUGUGGGUCUUGCGUAAUUCAAGUCUUCUGGAAAGGAAUUGAAGUGGGUUGACGUUGGAUAUUGAAAAUUGAUUAAGGGGUUGUAGGUUUGUUCUUGUUGGGGGUGUAGUCCUUUGAUGAAAUGAGAAAAAUAUCAAGCACUUGGAAUGGGAAUUCAGAGAUAUAUGGUUGACAUAAGGUUUAGUUUUUGUGUUCUUUUAGUUCUUGUUGUAGCAGCAGAUAGCUUUAUAGAAAAGGAAACACAGGAUGGUUUUGUUAGAGAAGUACUUGAUUCAGCAUCUGGAUUGUUAGAUGAGCACACGGCAAAGGUAUUAAGGACCCCUUGCUGUGAAUAUUUUAUUCAUUUCAAGAAAAAGAAUGAAUAUCAUGAUUUAUGUUUCCCACUGGAAUUGUUUACUAGCAACAAUAAAGUCAGUUCCACCGUUCGACCAUUUGCACAAGCAGACAUCCGAAAAUUGCUUAAUGCUUGUGAUCCACAAAUCAAGGAAAGCUUUCUUCAAUGUUUGAGAAAAAAUAUUCUUGAGGAUGAUUCCAAGACAUUGCGUGUCACUGGUACAAGAUAUCUUUUUUCCACAUCUCGUAUUCCCAGAAGAAUUCCGGGCCGUGUUUUGCUCCAGCAUAUAUCAGAACCGCCUAGUUCAGGCCCUGCAGUUGGAUCACCUACACCGAGUCUCGCUCCAUCACCUGAACCCAGUCUAUCCCCAUCGCCUGCUCCAGUGCCUCUUCUUCCUAGCCUUCUGUCUCCUCCUUCGUCACCAGUCCCGUUUUUCCCAAAACUGACACCACCAGCAGCUGCAGAGAUUUCUGCUCCUCCAUCUCCUUACACUAACAGGGAGGAAGACGAGCAUAGUAAUAAAACAACAGUUGUUGUUGCUGUAGUUUUAACUACAUCGUUGAUAUUUUUAGCUGCAGCAGUGUUCUUUUUAUGCUGUAGUCGAUUUCGUAAGACUGGACGGCUUAGACAAAAUGAUGACAGGCCCCUUCUCAGCUUGAGCAUGAAUGACUAUUCUUAUGGUCCUUCCAAUCACACUUUUGGAAAUUCACCAAAAGGGGAGAAAAUCGGGUUUCAGUCAUCAAGUAAUAAUAAUUUAGGAGACAACAAGAAGACAUCGUCAAUGCACGAAAAUCAAUCGAUAGGAUCUCUUACUUCUACCGGAUCACCAUUCGAAUUGAAACCUCCUCCUGGGAGAGUUGGGACUAACAAUUCUGGAAUGCCACCUUUAAAACCUCCUCCAGGAAGGAUGAAUCCUUUUCCCCCUGAGCCGCCUACAUUUAGGCCUUUCGGUAAUACUGCUGUCCUCACUGCUGCUGCACCUCUUCCUCCUCUAGGACCUCGACAGUCCGAUGUUGGUAGUGCUCCACCUCCUGCUGCUCCUUCACUACCACACUCGACGCUAGCUGGUGCCAAACCUGGUCCUCCUCCUCCACCGCCCCCAGCACCACAUGGGGCUAAACCCAGUGGUCCUCCUCCUCCACCACCCCCAGCACCACAUGGGGCUAAACCCGGUCCUCCUCCUCCACCACCCCCAGCACAACAUGGGGCUAAACCCGGUCCUCGUCCACCUCCACCUCCUCCUAAGAGUGGGGUAGCUCCUCCUCGACCAUCAACAGGAUCAAAGGUGGAUCGACCUUCAGCUAGUGGACCAAAAGCUACAAUGGAUGCUGAAGCAGGUGCAGAAGGUGGAGCUGAUGCUCCUAAAGCCAAACUAAAGCCAUUUUUCUGGGAUAAGGUUCAAGCUAAUUCAGAUCAAUCGAUGGUUUGGAAUCAGAUCAAAUCAGGAUCAUUCCAGUUUAAUGAAGAGAUGAUAGAGACACUUUUUGGUUAUAAUGCUGUAAACAAAAACAAUGGUCAACAACAGAAGGAGUCUUCCUCCCUAGACCCUUCACCCCAAUAUAUCCAGAUCAUUGACAAAAAGAAAUCACAAAAUUUAUUAAUUCUGUUGCGAGCAUUGAAUGUGACAAUGGAAGAAGUUUGUGAUGCACUCUAUGAAGGAAAUGAGCUACCGUCAGAAUUCCUUCAAACCUUGCUGAAGAUGGCGCCGACAUCAGACGAAGAACGUAAACUUAAACUUUAUAGUGGUGAUCUGUCUCAACUUGGGCCCGCGGACCGUUUCCUGAAAGCCCUGGUUGACAUUCCCUUUGCCUUCAAGCGAAUGGAAACACUGCUUUUUAUGGGUACAUUUAAAGAGGAACUCACUACAACUAUGGAGUCUUUUGCAGUUUUAGAGGUUGCUUGUAAGGAAUUAAGAAACAGCCGGCUGUUCCUGAAGCUUCUUGAAGCCGUUCUCAAAACCGGAAACCGAAUGAAUGACGGAACAUACCGUGGUGGUGCACAAGCUUUUAAACUUGAUACACUUUUGAAAUUAUCUGACGUAAAAGGAACAGAUGGCAAGACUACACUCUUACACUUCGUUGUUCAAGAGAUUAUUCGCUCUGAGGGCAUUAAAGCUGCUCGAGCGGCAAAAGAGAGCCAGAGUUUGUCCAAUAUUAAAACGGAUGAGCUUCUUGAAGAUAACGCGCGUGAAACUGAAGACCACUACCGGGAACUUGGUCUUGAGGUGGUUUCACACUUGAGCAGUGAGCUCGAGAAUGUUAAAAAAGGAUCUAUUCUAGAUGCUGACAGUUUAUCGGCAACUGCUACCAAACUUGGCCAUGGUCUUGUGAAAGCCAAAGACUUACUGAACAAAAACCUGAAGAACGUGGACGAAGACAGAGGGUUUCGUGAGACAGUGGAAAAUUUUGUCCAGAAAGCCGAGGCUAAUGUUAAGAAACUGCUAGAAGAUGAGAAGAAAAUCAUGGCUCUGGUGAAGAGCACUGGCGAUUACUUUCAUGGGAACACUGGGAAGGACGAUGGCUUGCGAUUGUUCAUUGUAGUAAGAGACUUCUUAAUAAUGCUUGAUAAAGUAUGCAAGGAGGUGAGAGAUGCACAGAAGAAGCCAGCGAAACCUCUUAAACAAGAAACUUCACGAGGAACAUCUUCAUCUGAUACACGUCCUCCACCUUCUGAUUUUCGUCAGCGGCUUUUUCCAGCUAUAGCUGAAAGAAGGGUAGAUGACAUCAGUUCAGAUGAUGAGAGUUCAUAGAUUCAACUUGGAAGUGAGAGAUGGUUACACGUGUCUGUUGAUAAAUGGUGGAAGUGGCUGUGAUAUUAACACCUCAAACUAAAAUGAAAUAUGUACAGACAUGGCUGGAGGUUGGAACUGUCAUCAAGCAAUGCAAUUACUUGCUAGCAUCAUUGUUGUACAAACAUUAUGAUUAUUGAUUAAUUUCAUAGUUUUGAGACAGUCACAUUUAGAGGGAUAGUUUUGUGUAGGGUCUAAUUAUUUUUUAAACAAUUCUUUAUUCUAUUUAACUAUGUUAAUGUAUUUAUUUCUUAAAAGGGUGCAGAAUCUAGCAUAGUA